AUGCAGGCAGUCUCGUCGGAUUUGGUGCUGUUGUGCGUCCUCUUGGCAAUCAAUCGGUUUUGGAUUGUGUUUACGCUCUCACUUUGCUUUUGCCAAACGGCGACACUCAUGGGCAUCUGCGACGGACCGACGGUCGACGAGACGCUGCGUCGCCCAACGCCCAAGAGCCCGCGGUCCCGGUCGCUCAAGUACUAUUACGAGCACCGCGACGACGUCCUCGCCAAGUUGCGCGCUACGUACGGCGACAACAAGGACCGGGAGCGCAUGCGCCAGCGUGAAAAGUACUUCCGGCGCAAGGCCCGUCAAGAGGCAACUGCUGUGGCGCCGCUGGACCUUCGUCUCCGCGUCGCGUUCCUUCUCAACGAGCCGCAGUCAAAGUAA